CCCACCCAGAAGUGGUCAGCGGAGUUACCCCUCGGCUGCUGCAGACUUUGGAUGACGCUUUGGAACCUAACACGAAUAUCUUGCCCCUCUGUGUGUUUUUCUACGAAGUAUGACGGAUAAACACGUUUGAUGAGAAGGGCUAUUGACGUCGUACGCCGUUUGCCUUCCGCCUUCCAUCCGAGUGAGUCCGGUCUAGUGGAAGCAGGAUGGAGACCCUGAUUCCCACUGUCAACCGUCUGCAGGAGGUUUUCCUCACAGUGGGCGCAGAUAUCAUUCAUCUCCCUCAGAUCGUCGUGGUCGGAUCUCAGAGCAGCGGGAAGAGCUCGGUGCUGGAGAGCCUUGUCGGCCGUGAUUUCCUGCCCCGGGGCUCGGGGAUCGUCACCAGACGACCGCUGGUGUUGCAGCUUGUCAAUGUUGCACCCGUGGAGGAGCGGCUGAAGACUGAAAAUGGAAAUGGGGUAAAACAAACUGCACAAAACACCUACCCAGGUAUCAAAGCUGAAGAAUGGGGCACCUUUUUGCACUGCAAGAAUCAGGUUUUCACAGAUUUUGGGGAAAUUCGGCAGGAAAUCGAGGCGGAGACUGAACGUUCUUCAGGCAACAACAAGGGAAUUACUCCGGAGCCCAUCCAUUUGAAGAUUUUCUCCCCUAAAGUCCUCAAUCUGACCCUUGUUGAUUUACCUGGCAUCACUAAGGUCCCUGUUGGAGAUCAGCCCGAGGACAUCGAGUCUCAAGUGCAGGAGAUGAUCUUGUCUUUUAUCUCCAAUCCCAACUCCCUCAUCCUCUCCGUGUCACCCGCCAACUCUGAUUUGGCCACCUCGGAUGCGCUGAAAUUGGCUCGUGAGGUGGAUCCAGAUGGUCGACGGACGCUGUUGGUGGUCAGCAAACUGGAUUUGAUGGACGCGGGGACAGACGCUCUGGAGGUCCUUCUCGGUCGAGUCAUUCCAAUCAGGCUCGGUAUCAUCGGAGUGGUUAACAGGAGCCAGCAUGACAUCAACACUCAGAAGAGCCUGGGGGACUGCAUGAAGGACGAGCAGGCCUUCUUGCAACGCCACUACCCGUCACUGGCCUCCCGUGCUGGCUCGCGCUACCUGGCCAAAACGCUCAGCAGGCUGCUCAUGCACCACAUCCGCGACUGCCUGCCAGACCUCAAGACCCGUGUGACGGUGCUGAGUGCCCAAUACCAGUCGCGCCUCAACAGCUACGGCCAGCCGGUGGAGGACCACAGCGCAACCCUGCUGCAGAUUGUCACCAAAUUUGCAAGUGAUUACUGCAACACCAUCGAGGGAACGGCGCGCUACAUUCAAACCUCGGAGCUUUGUGGCGGAGCUCGCAUCUGUUACAUCUUCCAUGAAACCUUUGGCCGCACUCUGCAGUCCAUCGACCCUCUCGGAGGACUGACUGAGCUCGAUAUUCUCACUGCCAUCCGAAAUGCUACUGGUCCACGUCCUGCACUUUUUGUCCCAGAGGUGUCGUUCGAGUUGCUGGUGAAGCGUCAAAUCAAGCGUCUGGAGGAGCCCAGUCUGCGAUGUGUGGAGCUGGUCCACGAAGAGCUGCAAAGGAUCAUCCAGCACUGCUCGUCCUUUAGCACGCAGGAGCUUCUAAGAUUCCCAAAACUGCAUGAUUCCAUUGUGGAAGUCGUGACUGGAUUACUGCGGAAGCGCUUACCUAUUGCCAAUGAAAUGGUGCAUAAUUUAGUAGCAAUAGAGCUUGCCUACAUCAACACGAAGCAUCCGGACUUCACGGAUGCGGUGCAGGUCUCGGCAUCUGUCAACAGUCAACAGGGAGAGGCCCUCGAUGGAACUAAGCGCUGGAAGAAUGAGAAGGUCGCAGAGGAGAAAACUCCACCUACAGGAUUUGGAAGCCCCAACAAAGGCCAGCCUAUUAACCUUCUUGACACAGCGGUUCCCGUGUCCCGCAAGCUGAGUUCAAAGGAGCAGAGGGACUGUGAGGUCAUCCAACGCCUAAUCAAGUCUUAUUUCCUCAUCGUCCGCAAGACCAUCCAGGACAGCGUGCCCAAGACCGUCAUGCACUUCCUGGUGAACUUUGUCAAGGAGCAUCUGCAGAGCGAGCUGGUGGGUCAGCUGUACAAGCAAACGCUACUCCAGGAUCUGCUCAUUGAGUCUCAGGACACGGCACAACAGAGGACAGAGGUCGCGCAAAUGCUCCAGGCGCUCAAGAAUGCCAAUAACAUCAUCUCUGAGAUCAGAGAGACACACCUCUGGUAGCUAAAGGAAUCACACACGCCUCACUUUCGAGACAACAUUAAUGAUGUACAGUGAAUAUAAGUCUGCACACUCCCGGUCAAAAAAUAUUUUUUCUUAAAUAAGAUUAAGAUAAAUAAUUUCAGAACAUUUUCCACCAUUCAUGUGACCGAGAAGCUUUACAAGAUAAUUGAAAAGUUAAUUAAAUCAUUUCAAGAGAAGAAGCAAAAAUAAACUGGGGGAAUGUAGUUGCACAAGUGUGCACACCCUUGUUAUAUGAGGGGAUGUGGGUGUGUUCAGAAUGAAUCACUUAAAUGCAAAUUCAUGUUAAAUGGGAUUCAGCACACAUCUACCACCUUUUAAAUAGCCUCUGAUUAACCCCAAAUAAAAUUCAUGCGUUCUAGUAAAUUUUGUGUUUUGGUGGGUUAGCAUGUCUGCUUUACAAUGAUGAAGAUCUGAGUUCAAAUUUGGCCUCCACUGUGUGGUUUUUGCAUGCUUUCCCCGUGCCUGUGUGGUCUUUCCUCAGGUACUCAGUUUUCCUCCCACAUCCCAAAAACAUGCAUAAUGGGUCAAUUGAAGACUGUCGGUGUGUGUUUGAACGAUUGUCUAUCUAUACAGUAGUGUUCAAUAUAAUAGCAGUUCAAUGUGACUAACCAGAUUAAUCUGUUUUCAGUAUAUUUUGUAUUGCUACAUGUCAAACAAGUUAUCACUAGGUGCAGUAAUUUCUUGGAAAACCAACAAGACCAGACAAGAUUAUUCAUGAUAGUCACACGCUUAAGGCUGUGCAAUUGGGCAAUUUGUUGAAAGGGGGGUGUUAAAAAUAGCAGCGUGGCUUUCACUGACUGAGGUCAGUGUGAAUCAGGUGGCCCCUAUUUAAGGAUGAAUCCAGCACCUAUUGAACAUGCAUUUCUUCUUGAAAGCCUGAGGAAAAUGGGUCAUUCAACGCAUUGUUCAGAAGAAUGGCAUACUUUGAUUGAUUAAAAAUUUGAUUGGUGAGGGGAAACCUUGUAAAGAGAGAGGCUAUUCGGCUAAAAUGAUCUCUCAAUGCCUUAAAAUAAAGAGCAAAAGCAGAGACGUGGUAGAAAACAGAAGACAACUAUCAAAAUGGAUGGCAGAAUAACCAGAAUGACAAAGGCUCAGCUGAUGAUCAGCUUCAGGAUGAUCGAAGACAGUCUGGAGUUACCAGAAAGUACUGUGACAGGAAGAAGAUGUCUGUGCGAAGCUAAUCUAUUUAUAAGAAUCCCUUGCAAAGUCCCUCUGUUUAAAAAAAAAAAAAAAAAAAAAAAAAAGCCAUUU